ACUCCUCCGUCUCUGGUCUCUGGUCUCUGGUCUCUGGGCACUCAGCAGAGAUGUUGUUGCAGUUGCAGAGCCUGCGGGCAUUUUCAGUUGCAGAGCCUGCGGGCAUUUUCAGUUGCCGACCGAACUCACGUGACCCUCCCAUCCUCACGUGUCAUCCGUACGUCGCUCCAUCUCCACCGUCCGUCAAUUUCUUUUCCGAUGACCCGGCCACGUCUCCGAUCACUCCCCACCGUUAGGAGCUGUACCGCCCUCGCAUUCGAUUUCAAAGGUGGAAAGGGAAUGAGUGAGUUUCUUGAUGUCGAGCUCAAAGUCCGCGAUUAUGAACUUGAUCAAUAUGGCGUCGUUAAUAAUGCUGUUUAUGCAAGUUACUGCCAGCAUGGUCGUCAUGAACUUCUGGAAAGGGUUGGCAUCAGCGCUGAUGCAGUUGCCCGCACUGGUGACGCAUUAGCAUUGUCAGAAUUGUCACUCAAAUUCCUUGCGCCACUCCGAAGUGGAGACAAGUUUGUAAUAAAGGUCAGGCUCUCUGGUUCCUCAGCCGCUCGCUUGUACUUUGAUCACUUCAUUUUCAAGCUGCCAAAUCAAGAGCCUAUCUUGGAAGCAAAGGCCACGGCAGUGUGGCUUGACAAAAGCUAUCGCCCUGUCCGUAUUCCACCGGAGGUGAAAUCUAAAUUUGUUCAAUUUCUUCGUCACGAGGAGUCAAACUGAUUUUCCUGCAACAUGGAGUUGGUGGGAAAGACACCAUCAUUACUACAGCUCCAGUUGGAUAUGUAUCUUGUUUCCCGCUUGCACCAGUGACGUGGAGGAGGAAGAAGAGAUUUCAGUCACAAAUUACACCUUAACAAAGUUUUUAUUAAUGUCAACGAUGUAAACAAUUACUUGUAUAGAAUUCAUCAAACUUGUCCGGUCGUAAUCCGUAGGACGCAAACAAGCAACCUCUUAACAAUUUCCAAUUUAAGAGAAAAGUAGGGAAUGCCUGUGAGAUGAGGUAUUUAUAAGAUUCAUGAUUGGCUUAUGAUUUUAAUUGAAAGGUAACUAUGAUUGUUUCGAA